CCGCGGGCUUCCCACCAAAGACAUGAAAACGAACCGAACCAAACCCUACGAAAUCCGCCGAGAUCACGGGGCAGGUCGCCGGCGCCCCACCACCUCUGAAUCCGCCGCGUCCUCUCCCUCCCCAAACCCGCACACGGCUUCCCAGGAUUCAUGGCUUCAAACACUGGCAAGAAGCUCAUUCAGAUCGAUGUGAGCUCUGAUACGGUGUGCCCAUGGUGCUUUGUUGGAAAAAAGAACCUUGAGAAAGCUAUGGAGCAGAGCAAGGACAAGUUUGAUUUCGAGGUCCAUUGGCAUCCAUUCUUUCUAAAUCCGGAUGCACCUAAAGAAGGCAUCAAGAAAUCUGAUUUCUACAGGAUGAAGUUUGGCCCUAUUCAGUUUGAGCAUGCCACUUCUCGUAUGACAGAGAUAUUUAGAGGACUUGGGAUGGAAUAUGACAUGUCUGGGUUGACUGGAGAUACAAUGGACAGCCAUAGGCUCAUAACUCUUGCUCAGCACCAAGGUUAUGACAAACAAAAUGCUCUUGUUGAAGAAUUAUUCCAAAGUUACUUUUGCCAGGGAAAGUUUAUCGGUGAUCGGCAAGUUCUGCUGGAUGCUGCAAGAAAGGUGGGUAUAGAAGGAGCAGAGGAAUUUCUUCAAGAUCCUAACAGAGGAGUUGACGAGGUCAAGGAAGAACUCAGCAAAUACUCCUCUGGAAUUUCCGGUGUUCCCAACUUUGUGAUAAAUGGGAAAUAUCAGCUCAGCGGUGGCCAGCCGCCAAAUACAUUCAUAAGGGCUUUUGACGUUGCUGCAAAAGAUGGGGCUCAGUGAUUGUGCGUGUGGGAAACACCACUUGUUACUUAAGCCAUGUACAAAAUAGAAUAAAAGCUGAUUUACAGGAAAGAAAAAUAGUUGGUGGUUUACAAUUGCUGCAUGAAAGAUACAGCAUGGUUGCUUGAACCUCCUGUAAUUUGAUUAUGAUAAUAUUAUACACUUUCAACAGCUGCAUGUAGCCAUGAAAAAGGAAAAGAAAACACCAUGUGAAGAAAAUACAUGUCGCAAGUUUAUGCGGCGCACGUGUGUC